UAUCAUCAGGAUGGUGUUCUUAAGGAUAUAAUAGCUGUUAAAACAUGUCACGGCUAAAUAGUGCUUGAAGAAUAUAUAAACAGGACGCGUCAAAGACCAACUUGUCGGUAUUAAUAAGACGUUGUCGCAUGUCCACACGAUCAUGGAUGAUUCGUCAUCCAUGCACGAUGAUGUGCCUCUACCUUCACCCCCAGGGGCCACGACGUCCAGUGUCCCUCCCUCAGGACGAGAUCUCUAUCCCCCAGGAGUAAGAGUGAUUAGCCCACUAUCCAAUACUUCGGACAAAAUUUACUUAUCACAAGAUUUUCUCAAUUUGGAUAAGGAAAGGGAAACGAACUUUAGGAAGAUGGAGGAACAAGAGCCGCUGACAGAUGAUGCCAAAGUUGCAGCAGAAGAGACGCCCGAUACAUUUCAUUUGACCUCAAAGAUAACCUUAUCGACGGGACAACCGAGUUUUCAGGCCAUUCUAGAUGAAGUGGAUGCCGAACUUGCAUCUCUAGAUGAACAUGAGCAUGACAAAAAGAAACUGGAGCCAAAAACCUAUGACUUAUCGGAUCUCGAAAAUAACAGCGAGUGGGACACUGACCUAGAAGAUGAAGAUGAGCGCGUUGAGUAUGACGUGACUGGAAAGACGCUCUACAUGGAGACGUGUAAAGAGUUGGGAGUGGUCCCGGUGUCGUACUUUCUCCGGCACAUGAAUGGAGAAGACAUCAAGAUGAAGCACCAUGGACUAGGACCACUGGGAGCAAAGGCAUUGGCCGUACCUCUUGUGACAAACACAAACGUUCUUACACUAGAUCUUGAGGAUAACGGUUUGGAGGGCGAUGGUGGUGUCUAUAUAGCAGACAUGUUGAAGGAGAAUUGUUAUAUAACAGAAUUGACCCUGUCCUACAAUAAACUUGGAAGUCUGGGAGGAUGUGCAAUGUGUGAGAUGCUGCUGCAAAAUAUAACCGUCACAAAAAUGUCUCUGGCAGGGAAUGAAUUUACAGACAAAGACGCAGACUAUUUCGCUAAAGCAAUUCUUGAGAACCAAACUCUAAGAGAGUUUGACUUGAGUCACAACCAGUUCAGUGAAGAUGGUGGCUUAGUUUUGUCUUAUGCAAUAGGUGAGAAUGAGACCUUGGAAUCUUUGGAUCUCAGUUGGAACCACCUGAGGGGAAACGGUGCUAUAGCGAUAUGUGAUGGUGUCAAGAACAAUGCCAGGCUUAAACACUUCAAUAUUGCCUGGAAUGGUCUGGGGAAUACAGGUGCACUAGCUGUUGCAGAGAUUUUGAAGUUCAACAGGACCCUAACUACCUUGGACAUUACAUCCAACCGGAUAACCACUGAGGGGGCUAUAAUUCUGGCUAAAGGAAUAGAUCCAAAUGAAACACUAAAAACAUUCAAGAUGGGCCUCAACCCAAUUGGUACAAUGGGUGCUCUGUUGAUGCUCAAUGGUAUCAACAAUGACAGGAGUAUUAUGGAUACCCUAGACAUAUCAAAUAUUCUGAUUGACAAAGAGUUUAAAAAGAUCCACGAUGAAAUGAUUGAGAAUGGGCGUAACUUGGUUGUUAUCCAUGGAGGACUCAUUGGGAACUAUGUCAUUAAAGGGACACCAAAGAUAAAUGUGGAACUAGGAAGUAUGGAAGACUUACAUAGACUUGUCACAAAGAAAAGCAGCGCAUUAGAUGAUUUCCUCAAAAAUGACCCAAUGGCAAUCCUCAAAGCUUAUGUGGAGAAAAGACAGUUACGCCUGGUGGAUUUCUUCAAUCAAUUUGACAAGGAUAAAAAUUUUAAAAUUUCCAUGGAUGAAUUUAAAAGAGGAAUUGUGAUGGCAAAUAUUGGUUUGACAGCUGAACAGGUAGAAACCUUACUACACAGGUUGGAUAGUAGUGGGGUCAGUGACAAGGAUGGCAUGAUAGAUUACAGGGAACUGGUGUCUGGAACCGUGCAAAUGACGUUGGAAAAGCGACGCUUGAUGCAAGAAGAAAUGGAUGCUAGAAAUCCAUCAAUUAUCGCGGAAAAACUGGAGGUGCUAGAAGCCAUGCAAACAGAACGAUCAAAAAGUCCUUUCGGGAAUAUCACCCUAAAGGAACCAGAUUUCCAUACUUCACUUAAUAUUGAUAGAGCAAAAAGUCCAAUACCAGACCUUCCAGAUCUAAAUACUCUCAGACCUAAAAGUGCCCGUAACUCAGGGUGUAACACACCAGUGAACUAUUUAGGAGUCAAUGAACUGUUACCUCGAGAAAUGAAUCAUCUGGCACUUGGGAGGAGUCCGGGGCAUAGUCGGGCAGGUAGCAGAGUAGUUAGUAGAGUAGGCAGUCCUGAAUCAGUAAUCUCAACAGGUGGUGCCGCUUCACCAAUAGGUGGCACUACCUCACCAAUAGGUGGCACUACCUCACCACAUUCAAAUAAUUUUCUAACAGUUAAUAUAACCCCUGUUUCACAUACUACUGAUAUAAAAUUCUCAAAUUAA